AUGUCUUCUGAUCUGCAAAUCCCACUCUUUCUCCUCACAUUCAACUGCGCCAAACUCAAACUAAAUGCAGCGGAAUUUAUUGACCAUGUUAUUGGUGCUCUACCGCAAGCCGCAUGCGACUUAUACGUGUUUGGCUUUCAAGAGGUAUGUUCUAUAUUGGAUGGAGCAUUCCCCGAUAUCGUGAAUAGACACAUGAUUGAAAUCAACCGCAUUCUAUUGGAUACAUUGCAUGAAAAGUACCACUCUCCAUCGUCUCCAUACAACUUCACUACGGUCGGCUUACACCAUGUGGGGGCAAUUGGAAUGAUUGCUAUAAGCCCUUUCGGUCUGCGUUUCAGAGAUUGUCGAUUUGCAGAUGCGAGCUGCGGGUCAGCUCACUCUCUGCUCAAAGGUGGAGUUGGAUUACGUGUCAAGUACGUACCGAAUUCACAAACAAAUAUUGAAUUCACUUUUGCCUGCUCACACCUCAAUGCAAACGAGGGAGAAUACUACUACCAGCGGCGGUUAAAGGACCUUUAUGCGGUAAUGAGAGCACUAGAUUUUGGUGACGGGUUCAGUUUUCUCAAACCCAAUUGCCAUUCUUUUUUCAUGGGCGAUCUUAACUUCCGAACGAGCAAAGUUGUCCUGAAGGGCAAGCCGAGUGCAGCCUUGGCAGACUUUUUGGAUUUGCAUGAUCGUUCCAAUACUUCAGACGUAUCAGGAUCUAUAAUGAGUCUAGUUCGGAAGUACGAUGAGCUUACUGAGGGCAAAAAUAAGGGGGAAUUAUUUACUGGCUUCAGCGAACCAGAUAUUACUUUCCAACCGACUUACAAGUAUUACCUAGAUACUGCCAUCUACAACACAAAGCGUUGUCCACUGUGGUGUGACAGAAUCCUCUUUCAAAACACUUACAAAGUCGGACACAGGCCUCAUGUUUACAAGUAUCUGAGCAUUGAUACCUAUAAACGGUCAGAUCAUAGGCCAGUUUACUUGCACUUGAGUGUCCCUUAUAUCGCUCCAGAAUCUAUUAUUGGUGAAAGUGGCUUCUUGGUUGUUGUGCCUAAUACUUCUCCUCGUCCACACAGCUCAGAUUUCAAUUUUGAUCAGGCAAAUGAAGAAAUUGUGAGUGGCCCAACAUUGACUUUUAUGAAGUGCACCUCACUCGAUAAGAUCAACCAAAUUUUCUUCAGAAGAGUCAGCGAUUUAUUCAUUGGAUACGGGUUGUGGUUUGGGACUACCCCUAAGGGCCGUCUUCUGUUGUUGGGAUUUACCCUACUAAUGUGGGUUGCUUAUUAUAUUUUGUCUAAAUGA